CCUCCUCCUCGUCGAUGGAAAGGCGAGGGAGGCGGGGUCAGCCGGCGGUCGGACUGGUAAGCCAAACGGUGACUGACUGAGACGGGCAGUGAUGGCGGUGGCGAAGGCGGCGGCGGCGGCGGGCUUACGAGCCCGGAUGUUUCGGGUUUCUUCCAAGAUAAACCCUACCUGGUAUCCAGCAUCCUUUUUUUCCUCUUCGUCAUUGCCAAGAGUCAAACUUUUCAUAGAUGGGAAAUUUGUUGAAUCUAAAAGCGACAAGUGGAUCGACAUUCACAAUCCGGCUACCAAUGAGGUGAUUAGCCGAGUUCCCAAAGCUACAGAGGCUGAAAUGAACGCAGCUGUGGAGUCCUGCAAACGUGCUUUUCACUCAUGGUCACAGACAUCUGUACUAAGUCGCCAGCAGGUCUUGCUGCGGUAUCAGCAGCUUAUCAAGGAAAACUUGAAAGAAAUUGCUAAGCUAAUCACUUUGGAGCAAGGGAAGACCCUGGCUGAUGCUGAGGGAGAUGUGUUCCGAGGCCUUCAGGUAGUUGAACAUGCCUGUAGCGUGACAUCCCUCAUACUGGGAGAGACAUUGCCUUCCAUUACCAAAGACAUGGACAUUUACUCCUACCGUCUACCGUUGGGUGUAUGUGCGGGCAUUGCUCCAUUCAAUUUUCCUGCCAUGAUUCCUCUCUGGAUGUUCCCCAUGGCCAUGGUAUGUGGAAACACCUACUUGUUGAAACCAUCUGAGCGAGUACCUGGAGCAGCUAUGUUUCUCACCAAGUUGCUGCAAGACUCUGGUGCCCCAGAUGGGACAUUGAAUGUCAUCCAUGGGCGGCACGAAGCUGUGAAUUUUAUUUGUGAUCAUCCGGAUAUAAAAGCAAUCAGCUUUGUGGGCUCCAACCAGGCUGGAGAGUACAUCUUCGAGAGAGGGUCAAGAAAUGGCAAGAGAGUUCAAGCGAAUCUGGGAGCAAAGAACCAUGGCGUGAUCAUGCCAGAUGCCAAUAAGGAAAACACUCUAAACCAAGUGGUAGGAGCAGCUUUUGGAGCUGCAGGGCAACGCUGCAUGGCCCUGUCCGCAGCCAUCUUCGUAGGGGAAGCAAGGAGUUGGCUGCCAGAACUUGUGGAGCAUGCCAAAAAGCUUCGGGUUAAUGCUGGGGACCAGCCUGGAGCUGAUUUGGGCCCUCUAAUCUCCCCACAGGCCAAAGAACGAGUUUGUCAUCUCAUUGAGAGUGGAACAAAGGAGGGAGCCUCGAUUCUUCUAGAUGGAAGAAAAAUUCAAGUGAAAGGCUAUGAAAAUGGCAACUUUGUUGGACCAACUAUCAUCUCAAAGGUCAAGCCAAAUAUGACCUGUUACAAAGAGGAGAUUUUUGGUCCAGUUCUAGUGGUUAUGGAGGCAGACACUUUGGAUGAAGCAAUCAAGAUGGUGAAUGACAAUCCAUAUGGAAAUGGAACUGCCAUUUUUACUGCCAAUGGAGCCAUUGCUCGAAAAUACUCUCACUUGGUGAAUGUGGGGCAGGUGGGUGUGAAUGUCCCUAUUCCAGUGCCUUUGCCAAUGUUCUCAUUUACGGGAUCUCGCUCUUCCUUCAGAGGAGAAACCAAUUUUUAUGGCAAACAGGGCAUCCAAUUCUACACACAGCUAAAGACCAUUACUUCUCAGUGGAAAGAAGAAGAUUCCGUGCUAACUGCACCUGCCGUAGUUAUGCCAACUAUGGGCCAUUAAAAAGAACUUUUAGUAGAUUUUUUCUAUCCUGAAUAACUGCUCUCUCUCCUUAACCAUCUCUCCCAUAGAUCUUGUCAACUGUGCUUACAUUAUUCACACACAAUGCACUGGGGAUGAGUACUCUAGCCAGAUCGUCCUUGGGACCUCCUUUUCCUAUACAGUGCUUUUGUUACUACACCCGGUGGUCACAUUUUCAAUCCAGGAUUUUCAGUUGCUUAGUACUUCCAUUUCUGAAGUAACUAUUUUAACUAUGAAAUUCUUAUAUAAAGGGAGAACCCAGAGGAGAGGUGGGGUUGGAGGUGGAAAUGGGGUCAGGGGAGACAUUAGUGUCUCCAAAGAAGGUUUCCAAUAAUUGGUGAAGAAGUCUUAAAACACAAAAUAGGACUAGAUGUUGUCUACUUUUUGGUCCCCAAAAUAUAACCCUCCACAAUAGCAUCAGUGAUUCACUGACCAUGUUUUAUUUUUAUGGUUCUUUCAGUCUCUUCUACUUCAAAAUGCCACUGCUAAAAGUACUUUUUUCUCAGAGUA